CCCUCAGUGCUUGUGCUGCUGCUGUUCCCCCUCAGACAGACCCUGAGAACACAGAUUACACCAUGGAGCACGGAGCCACCAGGAACUUCCAGGCAGAGAAACUCCUGGAGGAGGAGGAGAAGAGGAUGCAGAAGGAGAGGGAGGAGGAGGAGCUCAACAAUCCCAUGAAGGUCCUGGAGAACCGGACCAAGGACUCCAAGCUGGAGAUGGAGGUCCUGGAGAACCUGCAGGAGCUGAAGGAGCUCAACCAACGCCAGGCCAACGUGGACUUUGAGGCCAUGCUGAAGCAGUACAAGGAGCUGGAGGAGGAGCAGAGGCGCAGGGAGCAGGAGGAGGACGAGCAGGAGAUGAAGGCCAUGCUGGAACAGGCCCAGAACCGGCGGCUCCUGGAGGAUUCCGACUCUGACGAGGAACCGACCAAAGCCCGGCCCAACCCCACGGCCCAGAGCAAACCCACGGACAUCCUGCAGGAGGACCCCCAGCCCCAGAGCAAGAAGCCCAGGAUGGAGAGCUGGGAGCGCAGCGUGGGCAAGCUCAGCACCAAGGCCCAGCUGGCAGGGCUGGUGGCCCGCAGGAAGGAGAAGGAGAAGGAGAAGGAGAAGGAGAAGGAGAAGGAGAAGGAGACAGCAGCAGCAGCAGCCACGUCCUCGCUGGGUUUGUUGGGAGCCUACUCGGACAGCGAGGACAGCGCCAGCGACUGA